UGUUGGCCUCUGACUAUGCAGGCUGCUUGAGCAUGCUGAUGCGUUACCCGCAAACUCCGGGGAUUGAUUUUCUCGUCGACCAGGCCAAGUAUCUUCUCGAGCAUCUAUCUCCCGAAGGGGGUUACCAUAUAAUCCGACAGAACGCAAUCCGAACAGGCAAGGACGUACCUCCAACAAUGCCGGUAGAACGUAACUCGGCCCGUAGUUCGAUCUCUUCCGGACCGCUCAUAGAGGGACUCGUGCCAGACGGUUUUGUUCACGUAACCAAGAAUGUAUUUGACAAUCGGGCUAUUAACAAGGCUAUUCUCACAGCAGUAGGGGCUGUGGGAGAAGUGAAGAAGAACGUCCUGCGUCGCCCAGAACCUCAUGAGAACCGACGGCGUACCUCGGCAACGGACUUUCCCACGAAAUAUUCGAUAUUCAAUUCUACUCACCACCAAUCAUCGUCGACAGAUUCUACGCAUUCAGAGUCUCAACUAUCCGAUGAGCUCUCGAAAUUGCGGGAACAAAACCGCCAGAUGGCAAUAAUCAUGCAAAAAAGUGUUGAUAUUCUUGAGCAUGAAAUAUUUGUUCGGGCAAAGAUGAAUGAUAGCAAUAAUGGAGAUGCUGAAAAAAAUGAAAAAAGUUCAGAUGGAUCAACCCCUCGUUCGUCUUUUGAAUAUGUUCGACCCAGUAACAAUGAAGAAUCUGCGACAUCGACACCGGGAGAAGUUUCUAUACUGCAUGCACUAGCAGGACUCAAACACGUGCGAGAUGUUCUUAGUGGUGCCGUAAGAGAAUUUAAUCCUAAUGUUUUGGAUGCGUUACAUCAUAGCGGAGAUGAUCAUGAUCAUUGGGAAGUGUUAGAUGACCAGGUCAGUGUGGUCAGUGUUGUAAGCCUUGCUGGCGAGGAGGACGAGACGAAUUCAGUAAAUAGAGAAGUUACACAACAGAAACAGGAGAAAUUAACAUCUCCAGCUUCUCAGCGAACGACUUCAAUGACCGACAAUAUAUCAAAGAGGCCUCUUCGCAAUCCCUCACCGCCUUCAUCAUUCGAUUCACAGCAAUCUUCUGCCGUUUAUUCAGCAACGCCAGUAUCUUUACAUACUUCUACAGUUUCAGAUUCAAAGAAUACAUCCAGUUCAACAAUGACAUCGUAUACUAGGUCAACACCAAUUCCUAAACAGCGUAUGAAUAUUGAUGACGUUUUUAAUGAGAUUGAAAACAGUGAUCCCCAAGGUAGACCGAUCAAACCAAAGGCAACUAUUGCUUCUAGUUCAAAGUACAGUUGGAUGAUUGAAGAGGAUGAUAACUCACUGUUUAAUCGAAAACGAAGUACUCACCCUGCUGAUCGGUUGAGUUUGAACACAUCUAACCUAGAUAAUCCAAUUCUUGAUGAAGAUCCUUUCAGUAAUAUGAGUUCGCCGUCCGCUGCACAGAAAAAGACGCGUAGUCCGCUGACGCCGACAAUCCCAAUUGCACCCGUUAUUGCUGAAAAAGAAUCGGGUCGGGUCGAUCCACUCGGAGCUUCAGCCACGAAGGCUACCAAAGUGCGAUCAGAAAGUGAUUCAUCAACUCAUCCCCGACCAAAAAGCAUGACUUCUGCUCCAUAUACUGCUGCAGAAGAUCCAUUGGGAGUUUUGUAA